AUGCCGCAAAAGGAGGAUAACUUAGGAAAGGAAUGCCCAAACUUAUAUAUUAUAUCAACAAGGGAUGAAACGGUUUCUAGCUUGCUCGCGGCGAAGCACAAAACCAGGCCAGAGAUGGUGAAGCAAAUAUUGGGUAGGCUCAUCCAACUGACUGAACAAUUCACAAAGGCUUUGGACAGGGCCGUUGUGACAUCCAGGGACCACAGCUUCAUCCCCCACCAGCUUAAAUCCAAGUCUAAAGAGCUGGCAGGACUUCUCCGCCAACUCAGCUGCUCCAACCUCGGCACCUAUGAUCGCCCUGCACGUGCGAUCAUCAACCAAAUCGAAGAAACCCUCGACAGGUGUCUGUUCCGGCUGCUCAAGCAUCCCAAAUGCAUCAUUAUCAAGAUCAUCAAGAAGCGGUUCUCCACCUUCAUCCCCAUUACUUGUUUCCUCGAAAUCUCGGUGCAUCUAGACGCUUCAAUCGGGGAUGUGUCUUGGCUGAUCCGUUUCUGGAGGCCCGAGCCCCCGGACGAGGACUUGAGACGGCCUCCAAUGUUAUUAAACGAGCCCACUCUGUGGCUUGUUUGGGAAGAGGUUGCAAUUCUUCAUCACCCGGCUGUAUCCGUCCAAGCUCGGUGUAGUGCUGCAGCUUCACUCGGUCAGCUUGCCAGGGACCACGAGAGGUACAUGACGUUGAUAAUCCGGGAGGGUGGAGUGGAAGCCUUGUUGAAAUUGAUGGAGGAGGGUCCAAUGGAAGGCCAAGAGAACGCUGCCAGGACGCUUGGGUGGCUGGGACGUUCCUGCGAAAUCGUCGAACACCUUCAUGCGGAUGUAUGUAAAGUGUUUGCAAAAACCCUCAGAGAAGGCUCCUUGAAAGUUCAGGUUGCAGUGGCCAAGGCGGUGUCAAUGCUCUCAUAUCAACACCCCGAAUUGCAAGAUGUUUUUGCGCAGCACGAUGUUGUCCGCUUGCUCAUCGGCCAUCUUGCAUUCGAAACUGUUGAAGUGCAUAGCAGCAAAACCCAUAGCAAUGACAAUGCCAAUGCUAAUGAAGACCCAGCCACCAGGGAAAAAAAUGAAAGCAAUGGCAGCCAAAGCCCUUUGCAGACUAGCGGAGGGGACUCAGCCAUUUGCCGUAGCCUCGCAGAAUCAACAUCACUACAUAGUUUCGGUGUGCUCCUGGAAAAGGGUUCCGAAAAUGCUCAACUUUAUUCUGUCCUUGCAUUAGUGGUGAUCAUGAAAGUGGCAGAGGAAGAUGCUGAUUUGAGAAGAUGUGCCUUCAGUCCUAAUUCUCCCACUUGGAAAUAUAUUGCUGAUCAAUUAUUACUGAAGAUCACUGAGAAUGUUGAAAACUCAGACUUCCAAGUCUUUUGCAUAAAAGCUAUUGGGAAUUUGGCAAAGACAUUUGGGUCAAGAGAGACAAGGAUGAUCAACCGAUUGGUGCAGCUUCUCAAUGGAAGCAAAUAUGAUGUUACUGAGGAGGCUUGCAUUGCCCUCACAAAAUUUUCUUGUACAGACAACUGUUUCCACAUUGACCAUUCCAAGGCAAUAAUAAGUGCUGGAGGUGUUAAGCACAGCGAAGAGCUUGCCCAGGCUGAGGUGCUUGCUGCGCUUACGUGGGCAUCCAAGCUAUCUUAUAUGACCAAAUAUGAAGAAGUGGACAAAUUGUUGUUCAACAUUCCAGUAUGUGUACCAGAAAUGGAAGAACUUGCCCAGGCUGGGGUGCUCCCGAUGCUUGAAUGGGAAACCGAACAAUCUUAUAUGUCCAAAGAUGAAACAGUGCUCACAUUGUUACAAGGGGCUAAGAGUAGAUUGAAUCUCCAUCAGUCCAAAGCCUCGAGGGGCGUCCAUUGA